AUGGCCACUAUAUAUAUUUCACGGCGGCGGGGCAGCGACGCCAUCAAUCCAUUCCACGUUCCAUUCUGCCGCGCAACAACGCACCAGCAGAUGUGUCUCGUCGACGCCAAGCGCUCUCUCGAGAUCGUAGUAUACGACCGUGCCUUCGCCGAGUCCCAGCAGCGCGCCAACAAGCGGGCGCGUCAGGACGAGGCCAGCGCCAAGUCGUCGUCCUCCUCCUCAUCAUCGUUGCUGGAGGAGGCGACGGCGUCAGCAGGUGCGAUAGUUCCGUACGUUGGGGCCGUUCAUGACGUCGCACCCAUCAAUAGCGUCGUCGUCCCGCCCUCGCUACAGCCGCCACCGCCGGCUGCCGGCAGCCGAGAAGCGCCGCCAUGCCUGCGCAGGCAUUUCCUCCAGGCGUUGGGGCUCCGCGCCGACCUGCCGGUGCACUUCAUACACGACAAGCGCGUGUCGAAGACCGAUCUGGACGGGCACCAGAGCCGGUUCCGCAUCCCGCUGGACGGUGUCGAGCGCCACCUUCGCCCGAUCCUGAGCCCCCAAGAGCUCGAGGCCGCCAACCUCCUGGAGGGGCCGAGGAGGCGGCCGAGGGGGCAGCAGCCUGAACCGCGGGAUGGCAACAACAGGAGGACGACAGCCAAGAAGAAGGGGAAGGCACACGGCGGGCUGCCCGUGAUGCUCGUGGACCUCCAAGCCGGCGCCAAGGAGCUGCGGUUAUCGCGGUGGGAUAGCAGCCAGGGCACGAUCGUCAAGGGAGAGGGGUACCUCCAAUUCACCCGCCAGUGCACAUUUAAGGAGGGCGACGACGUCGCGAUAUGGGCCUUCGUGCAGCGGCGGUUCCGCCUCUUCGGCGUGGACGUGUGGGACGACAGCCUACUCCACAUACUCGUCGUCAAGAAACAAGCGCCCGAAGCUCGGUGCUGUGUCUGCCAUGCCCAUGCGCAGCCUGAGAGUUAGUUUUUUUUUUUUGCAUAUACUUAGUUAAACUAAUGGUUUUAGAAAGUUAAUAUAAUAAGCACCAACUUCUAUAC